AUGUCCGAGCACGAGGACACAGAGCUGAAUCUUUUAUACGAAACACCAACUCAAGGCCGCUCUCAACAAGUUUCAAGGGCUCCUGAGGUUCAGUCUACUCUUGGGAAUACUAGUAAUGUGAAUGACUUGGCCGAUGCAGUAAGUUUAUUCAAAAGCGUCAUUGACUCUCAAUUUGGUUCUAUAUCUGAAAAACUUCUGACCGAGCAGAAAGUUAACGCUAAAAGUCUGUCAAAAAAGAUUAAAGAAAGUAAAAGUACACGUAUUCAGGGUGAAGGCAAUAGAAUUCAGUACACUUUUAACGAAGAAAUAAUUGAAGACCUAGAAAAUCUGUCUAUCAUCCUUAAAGACAGUUCGGCUGUAUCCGUCAUUAAAGAGAUUAAAGAAAAAUUGCAGAAACGUAAUAAACUCAUAAGAAUUGCAGAUAAUAGUCCAGCUGGUUGGAAGACCGUAAGAGAAUAUGAACAAAACGAUUAUGCAGACGACUCUGAUGACGAUAAAAAGAUACGAAGUGCGGAGUCACGGGCCAUGCGGCAGAAGUUCCGAGGCAGGGGACGUCCUACACCGUACAGCCGUCUGGUGUCAGCAGCGGCGGAGUCCCCGGCGCAGCUUUCCUCUGGUAGUUUUGGUGGUUAUCCUCUACUCAGUCAGCCCUUUCGUGCCUUUGGGGGUUCAAGGAGAACCCCACAGCCUUCAGACUUGUGUCACAGAUGUUUUAAGACCGGACACUGGAAAAGUCGCUGCCCCCUCAAUUACACGCAAUCCACCACAGGGUCUGCAGGAGCAAGCACAUCAGGCGGUCAAUGAUGAUAAGUAUUGUUAUAGUCCAAGCUGGUCUGGUAUUCUCGAUAUUUCAAAAAGUAUCAAGGAAAUUUUGAUUUCUUAUGAUAGAAAAUGUAAUCAAAUAAAAGGUAGAGUCAAGAAAAGUUUGUUUCAUAAUCUUCAGUUUUGGAAAGAAAUAGAUGCUUAUGAUUCGGUUUUUUUCUAUAAUUCAAAAUGGAUAUUCUCUUGAUUUUGAAAUUCACCCCCCUUCAAAGCAUUUCGAGAAUAAUAAAUCAGCUAUGUUGAAUGAAGAUUUUGUUU